AUGACUCCAGACACUCGCUGCGAGGAAAAAGAAUACGCCCACAGAGAUGUGAAAAUAAUGUUACUCGCCGUGUGCAGUCCUGCUGUAUACGUUGAGCGACCUUCUCGCUCACCGCCCGAUUCUUUCGUGAGCUCCCUCCGCAAGUACCCCUACCCGGGCGUGCUGCCGGAUAAGUCUGCGGACAUCGUGGAACGAAUCAUCAACUGCACCAAUUACGCCAAAAACUAUAAACUGUCUCGAAGUCCAAGUCCAUCGACUAACAGAUGCGAUCGUGUAGACCGAGAUCGUAAUGGACGAACUGACCGUUGUGACCGAGACCGUAAGGACCGACCCGAACGUAGCAACCGAAACGACCGGCAAGAACGCGUUACAGAUCACAUAGAGCGACUUGCCUGUAUAGACCAUGUUGACCGCAUAGACCAUGUUGACCAAGUUGACCGUAUAGACCGAACCCCUCGAGACCGACUUAACGAUUCUGACGUUCCCGUUAACAAGCGCAACCUUCCUGGUAACCGUGAGAGGGACGAUUGGGACCGGCCACAUACGUACCGCUCGUCGCAACGUUGCUGUGAUCAGGAAUUAAUGGUACAAGAAUCAAGAGUUGAUGAGUCUCCUACCAGAGAUAGACCGAGACGCGCGGAAUGGGAUCGGAACCCUUACAACCGGCACUACGACAUCCGAUACCUUCGUGACAUGUCGACCGCAAUGGCCGACAGUUUGAAAAACAUCCCUUCUUGUGCU